UCGGAAGUAGAAUAAUCAUUCAAGAAGAAAGCAACACGUAGCUAACAUGGCAACCGGUACUGAUCAAGUGGUCGGGAUGGGCCUAGUCGGCUUCAGCCUACUGCUGUUUACGUAUUACACGGUCUGGGUUAUAGUUCUGCCCUUUGUGGAUAGCGAUCACGUGAUCCACAAAUAUUUUCUUCCUCGAGAGUACUCCGUCAUCCUUCCUGGAGUGGCAGCGCUGGUUUUAGUCCUAUGUAUAGGAACGUUUAUUGGCGUGGUGACGUGGAAGAACUGGAAGCCUAAGAAGGUGGAUUAGGGGGCACAGGUGCUGAACCCCCUUACCUGAAGAAGGUGGGAUGGGGUGGGAGGGCUGGGGGCAGCAGUCAGCACCUGUGUGGGGACAGCAGAAGAUCAAGUCUGACAGACCGAAGCACUUUGACCAUUCCUGAAGCCACACAGCACAAAGUCUCACUGCAGUGCAGUGCAAACGUCUUCUGUCUGGGGUGAUUGACAGCUGCAUGUAGCUGACAUCAUGGGCUACUCUGUAGAGCUCACGCCAACAGAGGCUUUUACAUGCAGGCAACCUUGAUGCUGGUAGCAGGCAGUUCACACCUUCAGCUGCUUCAUGCAUAAUACACCUAUCUCUGGAGUGCUUUCUUAGGGCUUCUCAAAAAAGUGAUGUUUUCAAGAAGGCAGACAUAGCCUCAGUUCAUUGGGGAUGACUGAGGCUUGAUGAACCCCAUAAUUGGUGGAGCUUCUAUGUGCUGCCAGUCAUUGACAUGUCCGAAUGCAUUAUUGAGCUCUGAUCCCCAUGUAAAAAGCACGUCUUUGAGAAACCAGAGUAGUUCCACUGACUGUGGGUUCAUAAAGCCUCACUCUCCCAUCACUACAGUUUAGCAUCUGUAGGUAAUUUUCUAGCAAGAGAAAAUGGUGGAAUACAUUGUGUGUCUCCAAGGGCAGGAGUUUGGCAUGUUUCCACUCUUAGUAAAAUGUGAACUGAGGUACUUUGUAAAUUGUAGUGUUUUGAUUUCCCCUCAAACUGCUUUCAAUUUGGCUGUGAUAAUGUGAUAUGGCUGCGAUUUUUGGAGUCAUAUUGUAAAUGUUUAUUUUUGCAACAUUUGCAACACUAAGACACUUAGUCUCACAUUUGCAAAAUUGUAAAAAGGCUGAUUGUAAACUAUCUUAAGGAAUAUUGUGAGCAAUAUUUGAACAGAAAUAGUGCGUACUUAUAGUUUUAUUAUACCUAACUACUCAAAAGAAGAAAGGGAUAUUUUCAAAGCUUUGCUAUACAGAAAAUUGCAUGAACCGGUGCUGCAAAUAAAUUGCUCAGCAUUUUAUACAGACGGUAAUAAAAUGUAAUUGUUUACAAGGUCUUAAGUAUUUUUUGUUGUUCUGUGUACAAAAGUUCCGAUGAGGAAGUCGCAACCUGACCAAAUUGACAUGAA